AUGAAUGACAACGAAAAAGAAGAGGCAGCUAAUUUGAAAGAAGAGUUUGAAUGGGUGCUUCGUGAAGAGGUGCACGCUAUAUUACAUCAACUUCAUUCUGUUUUAGUGGAAUGUGCUCACAGAUUUCCGGUUCCUUUAUAUGGGAAUGAAGGACAGAAGCAAGAUAAAUUCAUUCUUACCUCACAGCCUGAGCAAUUAAAAUGUAUUGUUACAUUAACUGGUGAUAGUAUCACACAUGCAGACAUCAGCUUCAAGGUUUUGAGGCAAAUGCACUCAAUAUGUCGUACAUCAAUCAAUCAGGAUGGGCCUUGGAAGUUGCAACAGAUACAGGAUGCGGCUAAUCAUUUGCAACAGGCAAUUGGCUAUAUUGAUAAUGUAGAUAAACAUUAUGUUUUCAGAUCAUCAGAAGAGGUACUACACAUUAUACAAUGUCUGCUUGGUUCACUGCAGAGAGCCCGUACUGCAUUAGUUUUACCUAAGAAAAAAGCCAUUGAUGAACUUAUGAAAAGUCGAAAUAUGAAAGCGCUAUCACCAAAUCUGCCUGAAGAUUUAGCAAUAUCAUUCUAUAUACAGUCCCAUAAACUGAUAUUUGUAGCUUACCAAUUAAGUUCGGUUCAUGGUACAAUGCGUAUAGACUCUUGUCAGGCAGAUUGUGCAGUACCAUGGCUAAGUGAUGUUUUGUUCAUGUUGACAGCUGCAUUGCACAUGUGUCAACAACUAAAAGAUAAGCUUUGCGUAUUUUCACAAUACAAGGAUUUUACGGUUGGAUCAAGAUCUGCUUCAAUGGUGUUCAAUUAA